AAGUCCCUGCCCCGCCGCGGCGCGUCACUUCCGCCACCCCCAGGCCGCAGCUGGGGCGGGGAGCGCGGGGGAGGGGGCCAGGAUCGAGGGAAGCCCGCCCGCGCCCUAGCAGGGACUACAUUUCCCGGGGGGCCUCGGCGCGGCGGCGGCGGGCGCGGCAACGUUCCCCGGAAGUGGAGCCCGGGACUUCCACUCGUGCGUGAGGCGAGCGGAGCCGGAGACGAGACCAGAGGCCGAACUCGGGAUCUGACAAGAUGGCCGGGCUGCCCCGCAGGAUUAUCAAGGAAACCCAGCGUUUGCUGGCAGAGCCAGUUCCCGGCAUUAAAGCAGAACCAGAUGAGAGCAACGCCCGUUAUUUUCAUGUGGUCAUUGCUGGCCCUCAGGAUUCCCCCUUUGAGGGAGGGACUUUUAAACUUGAACUAUUCCUUCCAGAAGAAUACCCAAUGGCAGCCCCUAAAGUACGUUUCAUGACCAAAAUUUAUCAUCCUAAUGUAGACAAGUUGGGAAGAAUAUGUUUAGAUAUUUUGAAAGAUAAGUGGUCCCCAGCACUGCAGAUCCGCACAGUUCUGCUAUCGAUCCAGGCUUUGUUAAGUGCUCCCAAUCCAGAUGAUCCAUUAGCAAAUGAUGUAGCGGAGCAGUGGAAGACCAACGAAGCCCAAGCCAUAGAAACAGCUAGAGCAUGGACUAGGCUAUAUGCCAUGAAUAAUAUUUAAAUCGAUCCGAUCAUCGAGUGUGCAUCACUUCUCCUGUUCUGCCAAGACUUCUUCCUUUUUUGUUUGCAUUUAAUGGACACAGUCUUAGAAACAUUACAGAAUAAAAGCCCAGACAUCUUCAGUCCUUUGGUGAUUAAAUGCACAUUAGCAAAUCUAUGUCUUGUCCUGAUUCACUGUUGUAAAGCAUGAGCAGAGGCUAGAAGUGUCAUCUGGAUUGUUGCGAAAUGUUUAAAAGCAGUGGCCCUUCUCUGCUUUUAUUCAUUUCCCCAUCAUGGUUUGAGUGUAAAGCACUGUGAAUGAAGUUAGUUGUCAGGGUUAGCUGCAGGGGUGUGGGUGUUUUUCUUUGUUAUUAUUAUUUUUUUUGGUGGGGGGGGAAGGUAGUUUUAUUUUAAUUUUAUGGGCUCCUUCCCCCUUUUUAUGGUGAUCUAAUUGCAUUGGUUAAAAGCAGCUAACCAGUUCUUUAGAAUAUGCUCUCUAGCCAAGUCUAACUUUAUUUAGACACUGUAGAUGGACAAGCUUGAUUGUUUGAACCAAAAUGGGAACAUUAAACAAACAUCACAGCCCUCACUAAUAACAUUGUGACUUUGCUGUCAAGUGUAGAAUCCUCCCUUCAAGAAAAAGCUUGUGACCAUUUUGUAUGGCUUGUCUGGAAACUUCUGUAAAUCUUAUGUUUUAGUAAAAUAUUUUUUGUUAUUCUA